AAACGCCCCCCAACGGCCCCCCAGCGCGCUCGCUCGUCGCGCCUUGCGCCAUGCCUCGCUGGCGCAUCACCGGGGGCGCGGACAAGGGCGGCCUCAUCGUACGAGAAGGGGCGGAGCUCGGCAGCCGGCCGUUGGGCCGGGUGAGCACUGGGGCGCUGGUGGAGCAGCUGGGCACCGAGGGCGCGCGGCUCCACUACAGGCUCCUGGUGGGCUGUGGGCCGGUGGAGGGUUGGAUCAGCACGCGCCUGGACCAGCGGCCUUUGGCGGAGCUGGACGUUGAGCCGGGCGUCGAGCCCUCGGCGAUGGCGGAGGAUCUGUCCCGGAUCCUGAAGAGCGGCACGAAGCAUGCUCCUGCUGGCGUGUGCCCCGAGGGCGACUUGCAGCUCUUCGAGAAGCUGCAGCUGGAGCUGGGGAAGGGGCAGCGGAACUUCAGCGGGCGCUGGCGCCCACAGAGCGAGGGCAAGUGGAAGACCCCCUGGAGGAACGGCCUGGGCAGUGAGCAGGUGGAGACCUCCGACGGGGAGAAGCUGCCUCUGCUGGCGCAGGUGCUGAGGCGCUUGGAGGAGGUCGCGAACGCGGAGAUGCUGCAAUGGUGGGCCAAUCUCUAUGAGGACGGCUCCGUCGGCUGCGAGUUCCACCACGACGGCCACGCCGAGUGGCACAUCACGGCCGGCGCAUCCUUCGGCGCUGCCAGGAAGUUGACCUUUCAGCACGAAGCCUCCGGGGCCGAGAGGUCCUUCCUGCAGAGGAACGGCGACAUCUUCGCCUUCGACCACCAUGUGGACGAGGCCUUCAUGCAUGGUGUGUACCCAGUGGAAGAGGAGUUGGGCCCAAGGAUCUCGGUGAUCAUCAUGGGCCGUUCGCGGGGGAAGUCCAUCCACAGCUGCUUCGCGCAGGAGCAAGUGGACCACCGCAACAACUUCGCGCGCGACUGCCUGGCAAGCAUCGAGAGGCUGCGGACGAGCAUUGACUCCCAGGAAGCUGCGCUGAGAGCCAAGGAGCCCGAGGUGGAGACUCUGCCGGAAGGAGAGCUGCUGCUGGACGCCGGCUGGGAGCUCCGGCAGCAGAAGUCCCAAGCGGACGUCCUGGUGGCGGCCUUCCUGGAUGCGAAUGCUGGGAGUUCCUCGGACCCGACGCAGAUCCGUGAAGCUCCAAGAGGGCAUCAGCCUCAUGAAACGCCAGCAAAGCCUGCUGGCAGACCUCAAGGAGCUGAGUGUGAAGCAGGACAAGCUGCUCUGGCGCCGUGCCCGUGCACUGGCCAAUGCCAAGUAGCGCGCGGAAGUCGAGUUCUAUCAAGGACAGCUGCUCGGCGCGGAUGCAACUGCGAGGCUGUCGCCGGCGAACUUGGAGUACACACGCGCAGUCGGUGAUCGCGAAGUCGUGGAGAAGCGGAGCAGCGGUCGGGGUGUACCUGACUCCCCCGAACUGGAUUUUCCUGCGUGGAUGUUUGUUGCCAGGUUAGUAAGUGG